CUCUAAAUGCAAAUAGAAAACAUUAGUGAUAAAAAAAGUAGAAGCAGAAGUCGUAGUAAGUCCAGUAAAAGGAAAGCCUAACAUAACCAAACCUAAAUUAAAUAAAAUGAGAAACAUUAAAAUGAAAUAGAUUGUUUUAAAAUAGUCAAUAAAGAAUGUAAUUCUCAUAAUUCUAGUCCAAAUGGAUUAAAAGCAGAAAUCAGCAAGAGUUAUGAACAUUAUAAGUAAAUAUUGUGUUAAUACAGAGAAAGUAAAGAAGAAUAUAAGAUCUUAGAUCGGAAUUAUUAGAAUAAUCUAGCGCCUAAUAAUUAAUUUUAAAUACAAUGUGAAAAUAAUGAUUAAGGACAAAGAUGUUUAGCUUAAAAGGAAAUUGAAAACAACAUUAAUUAAUGUCUUGAAAAGCAUCCAUCAGAAAUGAUAACAAUAAAUGAUAGUAGCUAAGAUGAUAAUUAAGAUGUCAGUAGUAUUGAAAAAAUAGCUAGUUCAUAUGUUGAAAUGAAAAAACUUGAUUAUUAAAAAUUAGAUUCUUCUAAAAUUGAUCUUUUAAGACGAAAUUCUUUUAAAAUUUAGAAACAAAAUUUAAAAAGAUCUUCCUAAGAUCAUCACUAAUUAAAUUAAUAAAUUAAAUAUUCUGAAUGCAUAGAUUUAACUAAUGAUGAUAAUAUCUAAUCUUUUUUUGGCCUCAAUCAUCCUAUGUUUAUAAGUUCUAUGGAAUAUAAUAAAAAAGAAUUAUUUGAAUUAACCGAACCAUACGAAUAUUCAUGUGGCAAUUUUAUGAUUAGCUUGGGAAUUAGAGAUUAUUAUACUGCUAUUGUUACUCUACCUAGUCUAUAUUAAAAGUAAAGUGUUUAUUAUCUAUUUAUGAUGUUUUAAUAUGAUCAAAAUAACAUUUAUUGUAUGGUUCCUGAAGAUGACUAAACAACAUUACUGGUUAGUUCUAAUAUUUAAUCACUUUAUUACUUUUGCAACUCUGAUAAUCAACUCAAGAAAAAUAAUAAAACAAACUUCUUAGAAAGCACUCUUAAAUACAAAUUUCCCUAUAUCUAUCCAACAUUAAUUAGAAAAUUUAUAGUUUCUUAUAAAAAAAAUGAUUUAUAGAUUUAAUAUCAAAUAAAUUAUGAUUCAGAGGCAACUCAAUUAGCUAUUUAACAUUAUUAUUAAGCAUUACCAGGUUAUUUAAUUACAGGUACUAGUCAUCCUAUUUUAAAAAUACUAUUUUUUAAAUCCUAGAAAAAUUAGAUUCCUUAAUUUUACCACAAAUUUCUAAGUACUCCCUUAUAUGUAGGAUAAUUUAGUUUAAAGGCCCAUCUUGAAUAAAAUGGAGAUAUUAUUGUUAUAGAAAGAAAGUUAAUUCUUAAUAUAUUUUUAAGGUUUUUAAGUCCUUUCUGUUAUGGUAUACAUUCAAUAAAAAUUGAAAUCAAUCGUGUAACUGAUUUUAUAGUUAUGAAAUAAAUCGGAAAAGAUUUCGAAAUCUAAUCAAAAAAUAUUAAAUUGUUUUGGAAUGAGAUCCAAUAAAAAUAUCUUAAAUUAUAUCCUUCGUAUUAACUUAUAUUAUAUUUAGAAAAUUGCUAUAUAACUAUUUUGUAGAUCUCAUACUAGAAGAUAGAAAGAUUUAAGAGUAAUACAAAAAGUGGAAUCAAUUGUAUGAUUCUAUGAACAAGUCUCAAUCCAAAUUUAAGUCAAAUGGUAAACCUAUUACCGUGAAUGAUAAACAAUUCUACUGUUUUUCAAUUGAGGAAGUAAGAAAUGGAAACAGAAUUAAAUAUUUAUGA